AGUUUAUAUUUACUUUACAUCAACAAAGCAAGAGGCGGAAUUCACGCGACGUGUACCCGGAAAACCCCGGACUCGCUUUGGUUCCUGUGAAAAACUUUACCUCUCGCGCCAUAGUUUCUUCGUUUUGUUUCGUCGCGGGUGUUCCGGGUGUUAGCAUGACUUGUUACAGAGUUCUCUCGGUGGUUUUCGUUCCGAUCUGUUGGGCGCUCGUGUCCGGGUCGGUGGGUGGGAACCAAACGGCCACCGGCGGCACCGCGGCGCCCAGAGCCGCGACGACGAACUCCAGCGGGGUGAACUCCACACACAGCGGCGGUAAGGGUCACGGAGGACCGAGUGACGGCUUCAUUGGGGACAGCUGGAUGAUCCAGAGGGCCCUGUACGUCCUGAUCGCCAUCACCAUGAUCGGAGUUCUCUACUUCGUCAUCCGAGCUGUGCGGCUGAAGAAGCCUGGACAGAGGAAGAAGUACGGCCUGCUGUCAAACUACGACGACUCGGUGGAGAUGGAUGCGGUGGAGAGCGACGAGGACGACACGCUGUAUGAAGCUCGCAGCCUCCGCAGAUGAGUCCGGUCUUUGCCUUCUGAUGGAUCAGACGAGUCAUGUGUUUACCGUGGGACGUCAGCUGAUAUUGAUUAUGGAUCGGAGAGAGAGAGAGGACUGACCAGUGACAGCUGCUGGAGGAAAACAUGGACCAAACGGUCACUGAAGACAAAUGCCAAAGCUGCUUGAGGAACUCGAGCAGGAUAAUCAUGACUUUUUAAAGUUGGUAUUCAGUUAAUCUGUGUUGUAACGUUGACUGUUUGCGGAGAACCACAAGGCCAAAUUUUCCUUCUCUGUUCGGCUUCAAAGAGUGGUUUUCUCAGUUUUCUUUUUUCUCGUUUUAUUUGCAUUCUGAGCUUCUCUGUGCCAACUGUGUGCUUAAACUACUGCAAACUGACUCCAGAGCAGCUGAGAAAGCUGCAGCAGAGAGUCUGGCUCCACGCAGCGCCGAUCCGCAGAGCCCUCGUGUUCCCGAAUCCCGGCGGCCGAGUGAAAAGUCAUCACUUUCACGAUAAAACAAAGCAGAAUUUAAUCGCCUUAAAAGUCACGUGCACGGAGCACAAGACAGAGGGGGGUCGGGGGGGCUUGGACCCUCUGACGGGUGGAUCCGGCCCUGUUCAGCAUCACGAUGUGCUCUUUUCAUUUGGUAAAAAGUUGUUUUAUGCUGCCGUCAUUUGCUCCUCACAUCGCAGGACUUUUCUAGAAAAAAACUAAACAUGAGAAACAGUAAAACAGUAAAUUUGAGUUCAUAAUUUAUUAUCUGAAACGUAUCUUAUUUUUGCCAGGAGACGACUUCUGUAUUUGUUACGUUGAGUGUUUUGUUUGACAUGUCUGCUGCUGCGCCGCCCAACUUCUCUGCCACGAACCAUCGAAGCUUCAGUCACUUUCACAACAGUUCAGAGUUUUGAGGUCAUUUGUAAGAAAAAAGAAAAGAGAAAAUAAAUGAAUAAUAAAAAGGG